AUGUCGAAGCCUUCUGUUCUUAUCGUCGGCGGCGGGGCCUUCGGAACAUCUACCGCGUUCCACCUGAACAAACGAGGAUACUCGUCGGUGACAGUGCUCGACCGGUUCGAUGCUCCGUCCACCGACGCCGCAGCCACUGACCUGAACAAGGUCAUCCGGUUCGACUAUCCAAAUCCCCUCUACUCGGCUCUCGGGCGCGAGGCAUACGAUGAAUGGACUUCCCCCUCGUCGUUGUUUGCCGGUCUCUAUCGUAAAACCGGGUGGAUUAUGUCCGGUCAUGAGAUGACGGUCGACUGGCUGAAGAAAGCGUUCAGCCAAGCCAAGGAGGAGAACAAGCAGGAUGUCAGUUGGCUCAAUGCUGAAGAUAUCAAAAGCAGGUGGCCCGCUUUUAGCGGCCAGUUUCCAGGCUGGACGAACCUCUUCAGCGGCAAUGCAGGAUGGGUACCUUCUGGAGAGGCGCUCCUACGAAUGGCGAGAUCAGCCGAGACUAAUGGAGUCAAGUAUGUGUGUGGACGGUCUGGAACGGCCGUCCGCCUUCUCUAUGAUGACAACAAUGGCACUUGCACUGGCGUGUUGACUGCAGACGGCUCGACACACACAGCCGACCUUAUCAUUCUUGCCAACGGUGCUCAGAUACCAACACUUAUAGAAGCGAAGGAAGAGGUCGAGGCAUCGGGCUCGGCAGUUGCCGUGAUUGAGCUUACGCCAGCGGAGGCUGAGAAGUACAAGGACAUUCCUAUCAUUGAUGACUUCGAACAAGGGAUUAUCUUCCCUCCCGAUAACAAUCGCCUGGUGAAGAUAUGUAGCUGUCGGUUUCUCGUCAACUACAAAAACAGCCAAGUACCAGGAGCAUCGAUCGGGGUAUCUCAUGGUGACCGCCCACACGAUGGUAUCCCCCAGGAGAUCGACGAGGAACUACGAGCCUUCCUAUACGAUAUGGCCCCAGAUUUGGCCAACAAGCCAUGGGUAACUACUCGUAUGUGCUGGGACGGCAUGGCCAAGGACAUCAACUUUCGAAUCUGCCCACAUCCCAAUGCCAAAAACCUCUACGUCGCUUCGGUCGGAUCCAAUCAUGGGUUCAAGUUCCUCCCCGUCAUUGGCAAGUACGUUGCGGACAUGCUGGAGGGCAAGCUGUCGCCGGGUUAUGCCGAGCUGUGGAGUUGGAAGUUUGGACGGCGGCCGGAUAACGUCAAUAACCCUCACCCCUAUCCUUCAAGGGAGCUGACGGAAUUGUCAGGAUGGGAGAGGAGACAUCAGCCUGCUGCUAGUAGAUUGCCGUGGGCUUUCAGAAUCACAUGGUUUACAACGAAACAACCGCACAACGAAACAGCUUAUGAUGAGGUCUUUGAGGAGUCUAUCCUCGUUGCUCUACGUCUAUCCGGCAUCGUCUUGAAUAUGCCCCUUCCCUUGUCGACUGAUCCUACAGCCUUGUAG